AUGGCGCUUCGACGCUUUUUGAGUACGAAGAAGAUAUUUAAGGGGUCUACACGCUUGCAACGUCGCACUAUGGCAACCGUGGCGGACGAAAUGACGGUGCGUGAUGCACUCAACACGGCAAUGGACGAGGAGCUCGCCCGUGACGAUGAAGUCUUUCUCAUGGGCGAGGAGGUUGCCGAGUACAAUGGCGCCUACAAAGUUUCUAAGGGAUUAUGGGAAAAAUACGGAGAUAAGCGCAUUAUUGACACUCCUAUCACUGAGCAAGGGUUUACUGGCCUCGCGGUCGGCGCUGCUUACCACAACACUAAGCCCAUAGUGGAGUUUAUGACUUUCAAUUUCGCCAUGCAGGCUAUCGAUCAAAUAAUUAAUUCAGCUGCUAAGCAGUACUACAUGUCCAACGGUGACAUCAACGUGCCCAUCGUAUUUCGAGGCUCCAAUGGACCUGCUGCGGGUGUUGCCGCUCAGCACUCACAGUGCUAUGCCGCAUGGUACGGUAGUGUACCCGGACUCAAGGUGGUGGCUCCUUUCGACUCAGAGGACGCUCGUGGUCUGCUAAAGGCAGCCAUCCGCGACCCCAACCCAGUUGUAGUGCUGGAGAAUGAGCUUUUAUACGGUGUCUCUUACCCCGUAUCAAAAGAGGCUCAAGACAAAGACUUUUUGAUUGAAAUUGGCAAGGCUAAAAUAAUGAGGCCGGGAAAGGAUGUAACUCUGGUUGCUUUCUCUCGCAUGGUAGGCGAGGCUCUCGAAGCUGCAGCUGUCCUUGCCAACGAAGGUGUUGAUGCUGAAGUGAUAAAUUUGCGCUCGAUUCGUCCAUUUGACCGUCAGGCCAUCAUUGAAUCUGUGAAGAAGACUAACCGCAUUGUGUCAAUUGAGGAAGGAUGGGGUCAGCACGGCAUUGGCGCGGAAAUUGCUGGUAUCCUAAUGGAAACUGAAGCAUUUGACUACCUGGACGCUCCUUUGGAGCGCGUGACAGGAACAGAUGUGCCCAUGCCAUAUGCUGACAAUCUGGAAAAGCUGUGUCUACCCCAAAUGGAUGACAUCCUUGCUGCUGCUAAACGCACGUUGAUGCGAAAGAUGUAA